AUGUUCGCUUGGUUCGCCUGCCUUGGCCACUUAAUCGGUCGAUGGAAGCGUGCUUUGAAAGCUCAUAAUCAGCGAAGAAGUGGAAGCGAAGAGGAAAGAGAAGCUGCCGGUGGGAAAUCGGAGCAGGAACGGACUUCAUCGUCAUCACCGCAGAAAGCGCCGUCGUCGGCCCAGGAACGGAGCUUGUACUUCAAGCGACCACCAAAGACACAAACAGUCUGGAGUGGAAAUUAUGAAAGGCGCGAUUACGGUUUCAAUGAUGGGACAAACAACAUUCAAUAUGACCCCGAUGAAACCCAUAGAAAAUUUUUUCCUCAACACGUCAUGGUUUAUUGCGAUGCUAGCGCGGAUUUGAAAAAGAAGAUCACAGGAAUUGGAGCAUUUAUCGGAUUCUAUCAUCCAGUUCAGCUGUCUCGCGACAUCAGCUACUACAUCAACGAGGCUCAGGAAAGACACGACAACACUCGCGCUGAAAUAUGGGCGGCAACAGUAGUUCUUCAACGUCUUCUCGUCUGGAACGGAGUUUGGGAAGAGAAUGGCGAAGAAAGAAAGAGUGAAAAGCACAAGGCCUGGCCGAUAGUUCUAAGAAGUGACUGUCAAAGUAUGAUUGAGGGUUUGAAGAAGAUGAAGCAAUACAAGAAGCGUCAAGAACCAGGACCGUCAACUUUUUUUAAUGAUUAUCAGAAUUUGUAUACUCUGGCAACCUAUUUUGAAAAGGGGAUCUUGUUCCAGUGGAUUAAGAACGAUGAUCCCCGCCUUGGAGAGGCUGAUAGAUUUGCAAGAAGGGCAAUACGGAAAGGUAUCCAAGAGAAGGAUCCAGCCGCCAAAGCUUACGACAACUUGCGUGUACACAUUACAUAUGAUGACGAAACCAAGGGACACAAACCCACCGAUGCAUACCAACCGUCGCCUAUCGUUGCAUUUCUCGAAUACGAAUUCGACAACUUAAAAGAAUCAUUGCUUAAGGACUGCAAGGAGGAUUUCCCGAGUGCCGAGCAACCUGGCACCAGCAAGGCUCAACCUGACACCAAGCAGCGCCAUCAC